CGCCUAGUCCUAAAUUUAGGGCUUCCAAUAAGUCAAUUCAGUCGUAGUCUAGUCUAGUCGAGUUGAGUUUAUUCCUCGUUUAAGGUUGGUUAGCGCAAUCGACCAAAUUAUUUAAAGUUAUAUCGCAUAUCAAAGAUCAUACGCGAGAUUUACAGGAUGGUCGUCAUUCUUUGGCUGUGUGCUUACUUCGUGAUUCUGUGAAGUUGUUCCAUUACAAAAAUCAACUCAGAAGCGCACUAAACGGAGCUAGAAAUGACUGAUACGAGAAAUAAACCGCGCGAGUUGCACACGGAAGAGAGACCACACACUUUUUGUUAGCUCCAUAUCCGAACAACUACAACAAAAGCACAAAACCAAGCCCACGUACGUACGUAUGAAGAAACCCCUGAGAGCCCAACAAACACUCUGUAAUACACACACCACGAUGCUUGUGCUUUCUCGAGCAAACCUUUCGUAAGGCACGAUCCAUGGAUGAUGGCGUCGAUUGAUCAUGAUUCAGUCAAAGCCACUGCUUUUUCUCCACCUGUCUCUAAAAUGAGCUCAUGAUUGUAUCAAAGUGGUCAUCAAUGGAGAAAACAGAGUAACUGCUACUACUACUUCGUGAGAGGCCCAUGGUGCAAAGAAGGUGGUAAUGAUGAUGAUGAUUAGGUAUCUUGAUGAUAUAAUGGUGGUUACAAGUAGUAGUAGUUGGUUGGUUGGUUCAAAAUAUAUGGCCCCUCUCCUCAUGGUAUUGGUAUUAGUUGGUUUAAAGGUACGAUUCUGUUGUCAUUUCAAGCAUUUAUUUAUUUAUUUAUUUAUUUCAAGCAUUCCAAUUGUACAUAAACUCCAUAUUUUCACAAGCAUUUUUUUCCUACGGCAUUGUGAUGAAAGAUUGAUAAAAAGUAUACACUCGUGGCUAGCUAUCUGUAAGAGGAUGAUAUAAGAUUAAUCAUUAACAUUCUUUCAACAACUCAAGUUAUUUGAAUGAGUUUGUUCUUGACAUGGUAUAAGAGUUUUCGAUGAUCGAAAUCUCUUGUGUCAAACUUGUGCAAACUUCGAUUUCAUGAGUUGCAUUUUCUUUUCUAUGGACAUACCAGUAAAGGGUGUAAAUGCAGUCAAAAUCACGAUUCUACGUAGAUGCGUUUUAAUGAUCUGGAAGCGUACAAACGUAAACUUUUAAGCGUACAUUUUGACUACACCCUUGUAAGGGAAACGCUCGAUUCUACAUAGAGGCGUUUUGAUUAACCUAGAAAUGUAAAAAUGUAGGUUUUUUAAUUUUAGGGUAAAAACAAUAUAUUAUCCACAAUUUUUAAGUUUCGGGGAAUUGUGGCCAUAACUAUGAAAAUACAAAUUAUUAGCCAUAACUAUUGUUGCGCGUAUAUGAAUGACUAACAAUCUGUUACCGUCAUUAACUUUGUAAUGGAAAAGGCCACGUCAGCAACCACAUCAGAUUAAUUUUUAUUUUUAAUUUUCAAACACAAAAAAUAAAAAUAAAAACAAAAAUGGAGGGUCAAAGCCCUACUUUCCCCUUCUUCUUCCCCAACAACAUCACCUCUCGACCUUCUUCCCAUCUCCUCCAACCCCAAAUCCUCAAUCCUGCUUCUUCCCUCUUCCCUCCGCCUCAAUCCCGCUCACGAUUUCGGAUUUCGGCGGCGGGUAUCAAAUUUGGGAGGCGAUGCGGCCCACCGAGCUCAUCUUUUUGUUCUCUCCAGGGAAGAGCAUCAGAAAUAGAGAGCGUUGAUUACAGACAUCAGAGGUGGAUCGAUUGAAUUCGUGAUUGGGGAAGGAGGAUCGUCGAUUUUGUGACAAUUUUGAAGCUAGGUCAUGUGAGUUCGCCUCAACGAUUUUGAAGCUCGAGAAAGAUUGAGGAAGAUUAGUGGCCAGUGAGGGAGGCUUGAGGUAGAGAGAGACGUGAUGGGGGCAUCUGGAUCGAAAGGAGAUUUCAAGAUCUUCGAUGGUGGGGAGUGGUGGCCUCCUUCUCCGUCCAUUCCUUCCCGCCUCAUCCAACCCGGAAGCCGCCAUCAAUUUGGAUGGGGUCGCGGUCUUCCCCAGAGUCGGCGUCGGUGGGGGGGUUCCCUGCGGUUGGGGUCGGGCCGACGAUGGAGAUUGAGUCAAUGAUUCGGAUGGCAGGUCGGGUCAGGGUGCUCCACUUCUUCACCCACUACGUGGAGGGUAAGGCCGCGUGCCAGGUCGCCAUUUCUGUCACGGAUGGAUGUGUGCUUGGCUUCCAUUGCUAGCUAGCUGCAUCAGCUUUUAUUUCUUCCCUCCCUGUUUUGGUUGGUAGAUCGAUCUCCUUAGCUAGGCAGUAGUAUGUUUUCCCCUCUUUUCUUGAUCUGUGUACCAAAAUUUUUGGUGAAAUUGUAAAAAGAGCACGAGAUGGGGGCAUCUGGAUCGGAAGGUGAUAUGAAGAUUUCGAUGGUGGGGAGUGGUGGCGUUAGAUAGUGGCGGAGCAGAGUUGAAGAUGGCCGCCGGAGGAAGAAGGAAGCACUGGGGAGGGAGAGUGGAUCUGGGUGGAGGAAGAAGAAAAGUCUUACAAGUUUUAGAUUAUUUUCUUUCAUUUUCUUUAUUAUUUAAAAUUUAAUUUUAAAAUUAAAAUUAAAAUAUAAUAUGAUGACUGCCAUGUGGGAGCCAACUCAGCAUCGUAAAGUUUAGUCAGCAUUUACUAACGGAAUUGCUAACAGAGAGUUAACGUUUGGCUAAUAAUUUGUAUUUCAAUAGUUGAGGCUAUAUAUAUAUAUAAUUCCCCGGAACUUAAUAGUUGUGGCUAAUAUAUUGUUUUUACCCUAAAUUUUAAAGCGUGAUUUUGAUUGCAUUGAUUGGAAUCAUUUGGUUAAGAGAGAAUUUUAAUUAACAAGUCAGGAGGAGGAUAAAAGUAGAUAUAUAGCAACACGAUCCCUUGGCAUGUGGACGGUUAGGGGACCGUUUGGUCCAUAACACACGAUCGAGUUCUUGAUCGCGAUCGACCUUAGCUUUAUCAACGUCGGAGUCUAUUGCAUGCUUUGAGUAGAAGUAUCGAAUUAGUAAAAUGUAACACAUAAGUAAGGGUCGACGGUGUACAUUUUGUGUGGUUUUAUUCGUUUUGAUUAUCCCUUUUCCAUAUGGUGCAUGCCAGUUGCCCAUGCCACGCAAACUGAACCAUCACUAGUCCCAUUAGUUCCAAGCAACUUAUUAACGUCUCCUUUUCCUCGUCCUCUUUUUGACCACAUAUAAUUACAACUAUCCUUGAACAUGAAGGAAAACCCAUUUAAUUAAAGGACAGAGAUUGUCGAUUGCCAUAUAGCUAUAUAUAUGGCUAAUGCAUUUUUACCACCAGCAGCAUACCAGGACGAGAGAUUGAUUAACUAAGAGAGAUCUCGUAAAUUAGUUCAACCUUUAUGGUUUACAACAUCAUAUAUGAUCAUGGGAAGCAUUUGCUCUUCAGAAAGUGAUGAAUCGGCGCGUGGAAUGAUCAGAAGGAAUCAUCUUCGUAUUAUUGAUCGUGAUACGAUAUAACUUGAAGUAUAAAAAUGUAGUGAGCUUGAUUAUAUCGAUUGAGUACCGUUGCGUCGAACGACUUAUGAAUAGAAAGAGAGAGAGAGAAGGAUGAGAAAAAUCAUAACGACAUCAUCGUGAUAAGCUUUUCUUCUCGGAAAAUGAUAAAUAAGCAAUAUAAUCAGAAUGAAUUGACAUCGUAUUA